UUUGCUCACUAUCUAACUUUUCCUAAUGGUGAUUUUGAUUUUUCAUCAUUCAGUUUUAAUUCCUAUAUAUUUAUUUGUAAACUACGUUUGCAUUUUCUAGUCUUUUCCUUUACUUGAGCUUCAAUAAGGCCAGGGGCAAACCUCUUCCUGUAACAGGAAUAGCUUGAGCAGAGAGAGUCACUGGGCCAAGAGAUAAAUAUGUACGGUUAACACUAAGACACUCUUGGGGAGGAUAAAGAAAGGACUGAAAAGAAAUUUUUAAAAAAACUUUUCUAGGCACACUGAGAGAAAGCAAGCUUCAUGAUGAUAAAUCAGCAUUGGGGGUUUGGAGAAGCAUUUGUAGGAUACUAUCAAUUAUUCUUCCUUUCCACAGAGAAUAGGGCUUCAUGAUUUGUGUUUCUCUAUCAUGACAUGUCUUGGCUCUUACCAUGUGAGAUGGUUCCAGAGAAUGUCAAGUCUGGCAGUAAAUGGGAUGAGGCUAUUUGGGCGGAUGUAGCUCCUUUCAUCCUAAACCUUAUUUAAGAGAUUUGCUGUUAAUAAACAAACUAAAAAUUUAUUUGCUUUAGCUGUUUUCUUCCACUUUCAUUCAACUUUUUUGGCAAAAAAUUGGCCUGUGAGAUGACCUCAGAAAUGUAUUUAAAGACUCUAAACAUUCCACUUGAUUUUGAUUUAGUCAUUGAACAACACAGAUUUUCUUCAUUCCUUUAGUCAUUCAAAAAAUAUUUAUUUAUUGAGCACUUGCCAUUUGCCAGGCAUUGGUUUUAGGUGUUGCAAGUAUGGCAGUGAACAAAACAAGGUCCCUGUGCUCAUGGGGUUUAGCUUCCUGGAGGGGGAUAGACAAAGGAAGUUCAGCACAAGCGUUUGUAAUCCAGAGCUAAGUGGAGGCAAGUGCUAUGAAGAGAAGUUAGCAAAAUUAGAAGGUUCGGAGCAAAGGGUCUUCAGCUAUGUCCUGUGGAGAAGGCCUCACUGAGGUGAAGUCGGAGCUGAGACCUAAUGAGGUGGGGACUACGCCAUGCAGAAAUCUGGAAGAAGGGAAUUUCAAAGCAGAGGACAAAACUAAGUAACAAUGACAUUUGAUCCAGAAAUCUUCUUCAAUGUUUUACUGCCACCAAUUAUAUUUCAUGCAGGAUAUAGUCUAAAGAAGAGACACUUUUUUCAAAACUUAGGAUCUAUUUUAACAUAUGCCUUCUUGGGAACUGCCAUCUCCUGCAUCGUCAUAGGGUUAAUUAUGUAUGGUUUUGUGAAGGCUAUGAUACAUGCUGGCCAGUUGAAAAAUGGAGACUUUCAUUUCACUGACUGUUUAUUUUUUGGUUCACUGAUGUCUGCUACAGAUCCAGUGACAGUGCUGGCCAUUUUCCAUGAACUGCACGUCGACCUUGACCUGUACACACUCUUGUUUGGAGAGAGUGUGUUGAAUGACGCAGUGGCCAUAGUCCUUACAUAUUCUAUAUCCAUUUACAGUCCCAAGGAGAAUCCAAAUGCAUUUGAUGCCGCAGCAUUCUUCCAGUCUGUGGGGAAUUUCCUGGGAAUCUUCGCUGGCUCAUUUGCAAUGGGGUCUGCGUAUGCCAUCAUCACAGCACUGUUGACCAAAUUUACCAAGCUGUGCGAGUUCCCAAUGCUGGAAACCGGCCUGUUUUUCCUGCUUUCUUGGAGUGCCUUCCUGUCUGCCGAGGCUGCCGGCCUAACAGGAAUAGUUGCUGUUCUCUUCUGUGGAGUCACACAAGCACAUUAUACCUACAACAAUCUGUCUUCGGAUUCCAAAAUAAGAACUAAACAGGUUUCCAAGUUUUCCAACUUCGUCCCUCCUGCCUGCCUGAGAAGGUUGUUUGAAUUUAUGAACUUUUUGGCAGAGAACGUCAUCUUCUGUUACAUGGGCCUGGCACUGUUCACGUUCCAGAAUCAUAUCUUUAAUGCUUUUUUUAUACUUGGAGCCUUUCUAGCAAUUUUUGUUGCCAGAGCCUGCAACAUAUAUCCCCUCUCCUUCCUCCUGAAUCUAGGCCGAAAACAGAAGAUCCCCUGGAACUUUCAGCACAUGAUGAUGUUUUCAGGUUUGCGAGGAGCGAUCGCAUUUGCCUUAGCUAUUCGGAACACAGAAUCUCAGCCCAAACAAAUGAUGUUUACCACCACACUGCUCCUCGUGUUCUUCACUGUCUGGGUAUUUGGAGGAGGAACAACCCCCAUGCUGACUUGGCUUCAGAUCAGAGUUGGCGUGGACCUGGAUGAAAAUUUGAAGGAGGAUCCCUCCUCACAGCACCAGGAAGCAAAUAACUUGGAUAAAAACACGACGAAAGCAGAGAGUGCUCGGCUCUUCAGAAUGUGGUAUGGCUUCGACCACAAAUAUCUGAAACCAAUUUUAACCCACUCUGGUCCCCCGCUGACUACAACAUUACCUGAAUGGUGUGGUCCAAUUUCCAGGCUGCUUACCAGUCCUCAAGCCUAUGGGGAACAGCUAAAAGAUGAUGAUGUGGAAUGCAUUGUAAACCAGGAUGAACUAGCCAUACAUUACCAGGAGCAAGCCUCCUCACCCUGCAGUCCUCCUGCAAGGCUAGGUCUGGACCAGAAAGCUUCACCCCAGAUGCCAGGCAAGGAAAACAUUUAUGAGGGAGACCUUGGCCUGGGAGGCUAUGAACUCAAGCUUGAGCAAACUUCGGGUCAAUCCCAGUUGAAUUAAUUGGCAUGAAGAGUACAGAUGUAAUCACAAGUAAUGCAAGGCUCACUGAGGAAUACAAGCCAAGCUGAUGAGGCAGUAUAGGGGAGAGGCUGGAAAAUGUAUUAAGAGCAUAAAUUGGAGAGAAUCAAAGCCUUGUCACAUGGAUCCUCUGGUGCCUGAAGAAAUGAGAAUUUAUUAUCCCUCUCUAUUAUGCAAAUGAAUUUAGUUUUUUGACAGCAGCCAUUUUGAUUACUGGAUUGACUGGGGUGGGGAUGGGGGUAUCAGGAGUCUAGCUGCUGGAGGCUGGGACAGCUGUGCUGGGUCUUCAGGGCAUUUCUGCUGCAUAUGCAGCUCUCUAGGCCCUUCACUUCUAUUCUGGAUUUUAUUCCCUCCACUAGGGAGAGUUUAAAAAUAAGAAAAGAAAGCUUCUGAGAGUAAACAUUUGGCUCCUAAGCUGAAGGGAAUGUACAGCUAUUUAGUAAGUGAUAAGUUUCUUAUUUUGAGGACUUGACUCCCAUUUGCUCUCAGUGACCCCAGGGCAGAGCCCAGAGAAGUGUUCCGUACCCACUGCUGAUGGCUUCCCAGAGUCCAUGCUGAGUUGAAGAACCUAUUGUUCUUGUUGGCAUCCUUCCUAUGCUACUUCUCCCAUCGCUCAAAGGGGUUGCCUAUGGCCGGGUAUGCUCUGCACUAAAUGCAGCACCACUUUCAAGCUUGGUAGGACCAUUCCAAGAAAAGCAGGUUUCUUCUCCCCAUACCACAUUGUGCCUGAAGAACAAGGCUUCCCGUCCUUGCCUGCAUGUGAGUCACUUCUUGGCUGUGCAGCAGGUCCCCCUGUCUCCGUAUGCUGGAAGGUAGGAUUCUGCAGCCCAUGUUGCUCUCCACCUGGCAGCAGACUGUGCAGGAGCCCCAACCUGUCCUCCAAUUCCAGCAUUCACAGCUGAUGAGCGGUGCAAGAGCAGGGCGACAGGAACGGAGCCAAUGAUGUGUGGGUUACACUGAGGAGCCAAAGACAGGCCCUUAGGACUCCCCCUAACAAGGCAUGGCUCAUGGCCUACAUUCCAGAGACCAACAAGAUAGCUUUUAAUUCAGCUGCAGGACCUGUGCCUUUUAAGCCAUAAAGAUACCUCAAGUCUAGCGCCUCUUGAAAUCCAGAUGUUCAUAUUACACUCCAAAAAAUAGACUCCAGGCCUAGGUGCCCAGGCUAUGAUGAGUCUGCUUUUGAAGGAGGUAGGGAAUGACAUCUUCCUUGGACCCAAAGCUUAAAAGUAAUGUAUGCUUUGCUGACCACUGUUAGGCCUUAAACAUUCACUGUGGUGGUAUCAGGCACACUGCUAUGUGCAUCGGUUUUUUGUUGUUGUUGUUGUUGUUGUUGUUGUUUUGCUUUCCAAACAGAAUCUCUGGGGCACAAGUUGUUUUAUACUCAAGCUAAGUAUAAUUUUGUCAUUUCAGGUAAAUAUGAUAAGUGAUGGAACAUGAAGUUUUCUAAUUUGACUUAAUCCUAAUAAAUUUUUGUUAUAAAGUA